AUGCCAGCAGUUAUGGUCACGUCCUGGAUGGCUUUCCAGAUCACAGCUAUCAGCAGCAAUCAGUCAGGCCGCUCUGGAGUGAAACAAAGUCGCAAUUAUGAAGAUGGGCCACUCUACUACUACAAUGAGCUUUCCAUUGACGACACAAAACCGGAGCCUAUAUUAUCGAUCAUCAGGGACUGCUGCAAAGAAAUCCGAUGGGAAGACAUGGGUGAUUUCGGUAUCGGGGUCUAUAAGGUUGCGCUGGUCCAGACUGCUGAGGGCAAGUCAUCCAACACUACAUUGAGCCGCGAUCGCUGUAUCUAUUUAAAUGGCUGA